AUGGGGGUGAGGGCUGGGUCGAGAGGGUUGAUGUUGCAUGUGGUCACGAUGGGGCUCGUGUCGUUGUUUUUGGAGCCGUUGAUAAGGGUUUUGGGGAAUGUGAAGCGGCUUUGGAGUCUUGGGAAUGGCAUGCUGGCGGGGUGCAUGGUGCUUACGGUGGUAAUAUCGGCGGUGGCCGGCCACGCGCGCGGUGGUUCGGGCCCGCCAGAGGUGGUGGAGCCACCGCCGGCGGAGGUGAGGGCUUACUGUUACGGGCUAUUUGCGAUUUUCGGGAUUCCGCAGGCGCGUCAAUCUAUUCCAAAGACACUGGCACUGGCCAAGGCAAGGCUGGCUUUAGGACUUCUCAAUCUUGCAAUUGUGAUUCCACAAAUGGGAGUGACUUUGAUUAGUGGACCAUUGGACUCAUUGUUUGGAGGUAGCAAUUUACCAGCCUUCAUUUUAGGAGGAUUUGCAGCUGCUGCUGGAGGUUUUGCUGCCCUGCAAUUGCCAGAUCCUGUUUGGGAAAUGCCACGAGUUAUAUCAAGAGUUCUAAUACCGGAGAGAAAUACUGUUGUAGUUCAAAAGCUUCUCGAUGAGAUCAACGUGGGUCAUCAGCAUUCUUCGGCAGCAAUAACGAACCAAACCCAGAGCAUCAAGGGCAUCCCU